CGUGUCCAGGUCAUCCGCUUUUUUGUCCUCGCGUGCACCAACAUGUGUGGUAUCCUCGCAGCUCACGGCAUCGACAAGCCAUCCGCAGAGCGAGCCAAAUUCCUCGCUUGCUCAAAACGCCAGCGUCAUCGCGGCCCGGAUUGGUCGGGCUGCUACGUCGGAGAAAAGACCGUCCUCGUCCACGAGCGUCUUGCCAUCGUCGGUGUCGACACCGGUGCGCAGCCCCUGGUCAGCGAGGAUGGCAAGGUUGUGCUCGCUGUAAACGGCGAGAUCUACAACCACGUCGCUCUCCGCGCCAAAGUCGGAUCGGGCGUCAAGUUCAGGACGCAUUCGGACUGUGAAGUCAUCAUCCCUCUCUACAGACAACAUGACAAGGAGCUCUGCAACAUGCUCGACGGCAUGUUCUCCUUCGUCCUCCUCGACGAAUCUGUCUCCCCUCCUCGCGUCAUUGCAGCACGCGAUCCUAUCGGUAUCACCACGCUCUACCAGGGUCGUAGCUCGCAGAACCCCGGCGCCGUCUACUUCUCGUCCGAACUCAAAUCCUUGACCGAUGUCUGCGACAACAUCAUCUCUUUCCCUCCCGGACACGUAUACGACAGCAGAGAUGACUCGACGGUCAGAUACUACGACCCUAAAUGGUGGAAAGGGGACGACCCCAGCGCUCCUACCAUCCCCAGCACCCCUGCCGAUCUCAAGCUUCUCAGGGAGACCCUCGAAGCUGCAGUCCGGAAGCGGCUCAUGUCCGAGGUCCCCUAUGGUGUCCUGCUCAGCGGCGGUCUCGACAGCAGCUUGAUUGCUGCCAUCGCAGCUCGCGAAACUGAGAAAGUCGCUCAGGCGCAGUACGAGGCCCGCCAGCGGAAGCUCCAGGAAAGCAUCAGCGGGCCUUCCACUCCCCAAUGGGAUGAUCUCACCGAGAAAGCAUCGCUGGCCACAUGGCCGCAGCUGCACUCGUUCUCCAUCGGUCUCGAGAACUCGCCUGAUCUGCUGGCCGCAAGGAAGGCGGCACACUACCUCGGCACCGUGCAUCACGAAUACGUCUUUACGGUGCAAGAGGGUCUGGAUGCUAUUCCGGACGUGAUAUACCACCUCGAGACGUUCGACGUGACCACCGUUCGCGCUAGCACGCCCAUGUACCUCCUGAGCCGCAAGAUCAAGGCCAUGGGCGUGAAGAUGGUCCUGAGUGGGGAGGGCAGCGAUGAGAUAUUUGGAGGAUACCUGUACUUCCAUGCCGCACCGGACCGCGAGUCCUUCCACCAGGAAUGCGUGCGACGAGUGAAGAACCUGCACACCGCCGACUGUCUCCGCGCCAACAAAUCGACGAUGGCCUGGGGCCUUGAGGCCCGUGUACCCUUCCUUGACAAGGCUUUCCUCGAGGUGGCGAUGGACGUCGAUGCCAAGGAAAAGAUGUUCUCGAAAGGGAGCAACCAGGAAGUCGACGAGGACGGCUGCCCCAAGAUGGAAAAGUACAUCAUCCGGAAAGCGUUCGACGUGGCACCUGAUGGCAAGCCCUACCUUCCCAAAUCGAUCCUCUGGAGACAGAAGGAGCAGUUCUCCGAUGGCGUAGGAUAUUCCUGGAUAGACGGCAUAAAGGGCCACGCAGCCUCGGUGGUCUCCGACGAGGACUUUGCGAACCGCGCGCAGCGCUUCCCGCUCGAGACGCCGGACACGAAAGAGGCCUACUUCAUCCGGGAGAUUUUCGACGGACUCUUCCCUCAAGAAACCGCCGCAAAAACCGCCGUCAGGUGGAUACCAAGAGGCGACUGGGGCUGCGCCGCCGACCCGAGUGGCCGGAGCGUCAGCAUACACAACGCUGCCUACGAUGAUUAGGAAAGGUCCACACCGCAGGGGAGGAGGCGGAGGCAUAAAAGUCGUUGAAUUUCAAUUAGAUCGAAAGCAGUGUCAGCGUAAUAUGAUCCACGGGAAACAGAGAUUGCUGCAAG